CGAGCUGCAGCAGGCCGCGCGUAUUGCCGAUGAGGGGGUCCAGAACUUGCGUUCGCUGGUGAAUGUUACCAAUUUGAACAAGGCCGACAUAGGACUUUUUCCCAGGUCUUCUGCCAUGUUUCCCCGUGCCCAUGCAACCCCCUCCUCGGGUCGGGCUGAUACCAACAAGGGGAAACAAAUUGUCGGCGAUGAUCAGGGCCCGAAGAGGCCUAAGGCCGAAGAUCUUGCUAGGGAUGAGCGGCUGCCCAAGAAGCCCUGUCAUGAGGAGCGGUCUUCCAAGUCCGUGGUGGUUCUUGAUGGGUCGGAUGAUGAGGUCGCCUCCCCUAGGAAGCAGCCCGUUCUCUCAGCGGGCAAGGUGUUGUGCGAUCCUCUUCUGCCCGUUUCUGAGGAGUCUUUUUCUGAUAUUAUCGAGUUCUCCGGGUUGGGUCCCCGUGCGGAGUCGAAGAAACUGUUUGGUCAGACAGCCUCUUCCAUCUGGUGCUCAUUGGGGUUAAGGGUCCCCCGUGAUUUUGCCGCUCGCGAGAGCCCGGUGGAUCUUCAUGAGUGCGGCCUUAGCACCCUCAAUAAGGCCACCAUUUACUUCCGCAAGGCGCGGUUCGCUUAUGAGGCACACGAGCGUGCUUCCGCCCAGGUGCGUUGUGACGCCGAGGAUCUGGUGAGAAAGGCCAGGGAGCGUCUGAGUAAGAUGCAGAAGGACCUGAACGUCGCCCUUAGGCUUGCUAAGGGGAGUACCUCUCUCCAUGAGACGGUCAAGAAGCAGGCCGAGGAACUACAGUUGCUCAGUGCCAAGAUGGCCGCCGUGGAGAAGUCCGACGUGCAGCUCUGCUCGGUUGGCGCGGAGGGGACCGUUCCGCUUUUCGAGGUCGAUGUUUCCAAGAUCAAGGAAGCUGGAUCCAUCGAGUUUCAAAAAUCCAAGGCCUAUGUUGAUGCCGUGAACGUCCGUGUGAAGGAGCGCCUUGCCCAGAGCCUUGGGGAGUACCUGGCAAAGAGCCUUGACAUGGUGAAGGACGGCAUCGAUAUGAUAUCGAAGACCCCCGCAGGCCAGGAAUUCCUUGCGGAGCUCGCCGAUGAUGCUUUUGUCAAGGGGAUGAUCGGCCUUUUGGCAGGCAACCUUCUGGCCCUUCAGCGUUAUCUCCCAACUCCGUAUGAUCCUGAAGCUGCUGGCUUCAACGCUUCGUUUGCUGAGGCUUAUGAGGAGGCUUUGAAGGAGAAAUCCCAGAAGACGGACGGUCCUUCUUGUAGCUGAGGGAGUCUGUCAGGUUCUGCAGCUUUGUUGGCCUUUUCGACUGACUAGCAGGCCGUGUCGACAAUCCAGAUAUCUCAUAGUGCCUAAUGUUUUGAAGGUGGCUUACUUUAGCCCUCCCGUCUCUAAGAACUCUUUUGGCCUUUAAACGAUCUUGGUCCGUGGCCGAGCAUCAGUUUGGGUUCAUAGAAAGCUCUUGCAGAUUCAUCUAUAUUCACGUAUAGCUCCAUAGGACAUGAUAGCUCCCGUAAUUUUGUACUCCUAAUUUCACUCCGAACUCGUGUACGAUAUGUACUCCCCGGCCGGUAGAGCCGAUGAAUAAAAUGCAGCACUUAAUUGCUUACGAUCGCCUUUUAAUUUUGAUCUCCAUUUUUUAUCCGUUCGUCGUUGCCAACUUGUUUUGGCGAGGAACGGCGUCCUUCCCAUUGUGAGGAUUAGUCUUCUUCCUUUGUUCAUCCUUUCUGGGAUCCUUCGUUUUUUAUCCUUCGGCCGAUCGUCGUAUUCGUUUGAUCCGUCUUGGUAUUUUUUUGUUUUUCUUUUGUUUCACCAUCCGCUCGUCUUACCUGCCCAUUUGGCCCGGUCCUUUGGAUCCUGGGCAGGGCUCGGCCGCGAUUGUGAUGAGGAACGAGUUUAUCUCCUUGGAGAUUCCCCGUUUCUUCGUUCCGUCAUCCGCUUGUCUUACCUUCCCAUUUGGCCCGGUCCUUUGGAUCUUGGGCUGGGCUCGACCGCGAUUGUGAUGAGGAACGAGUUUAUCUUCUAGGAGAUUCCCCGUUUCUUCGUUCCGUCAUCCGCUCGUCUUACCUGCCCAUUUGGCCCGAUCCUUUGGAUCCUGGUUGGGCUCGACCGCGAUUGUGAUGCGGAACGGGUUUAUCCCCUUUGGGGAUUUCCCAGUGCCCCUCAUUUUUUUUGAAGGGUCUUAUCUUUGUUCCGUCAUCCGCUCGUCUUACUUGCCCAUUUGGCCCGGUCCUUUGGAUCCUGGGCUAGGCUCGGCCGCGAUUGUGAUGCGGAACGGGUUUCUCUCCUUGGAGAUUCCCCGUUUCUUCGUUCCGUCAUCCGCUCGUCUUACCUGCCCAUUUGGCCCGGUCCUUUAGAUCCUAGGCUGGGCUCGGCCGCGAUUGUGAUGCGGAACGGGUUUAUCUCUUUGGAGAUUCCCCGUUUCUUCGUUCCGUCAUCCGCUCAUCUUACCUGCCCAUUUGGCCCGAUCCUUUGGAUCCUGGGCUGGGCUCGACCGCGAUUGUGAUGCAGAACGAGUUUAUCUCCUUGGAGAUUCCCCGUUUCUUCGUUCUGUCAUCCGCUCGUCUUACCUGCCCAUUUGGCCCAGCCCUUUGGAUCCUAGCCUGGGCUCGGCCGCGAUUGUGAUGCGGAACGGGUUUAUCCCCUUUAGGGAUUCCCCAAUGCCCCUCAUUUUUUUGAGGGGUCUUUAAUGCAACGGUGGUACCGUACGAAGGGUUGGUGUCGCUUUACGAUGAACUCUAUCUCCUUUGAGAGGUUUGUGGUGUUUUUAUGAUGACGAUGUACACAAUGAUUUUAUCGUGGAAACCCGGAAAGGGAAAAACCACGGGACUUUUUAAGCUAAUGUCCAAGCCCGCUCUUUUUCAUUAACUUCUGCCGUUACACUGUAUAACCUGAAGCUCCCUUUCUCUCCCCGUUCUUUUUUUUUUGGGAAACUUACUGAUAGAACUUCCUCAAAUGCUCCACAUUCCACAUGCCAGCGGAGCGUCCCUCCAUGGUUUGCAGGAGGAACGUCCCCGCCGCCAACCUUUUCUCGCACACCCUGUAUGGCCCUUCCCAGUUCUUGGCCAUCUUGCCGCCCUCGAGCGGUUUGCUCUUCUCUCGUUUCCGCAGUACCAAAUCUCCGACUCUAAUUUUCCUGACCAUCACUGCUUUGUUGAAAUAUCUCUCGGUUUCCCGAUGGUACUCCUCCAUGCACCGUGCGGCUAGAUCCCUUCUUUCUUCAAUGAAGUGCAGCUCGGCCCUCAGAUUUUCCUCGUUUUGUUCUGGGUGGAAGUGCAACGUCCGGUGUGUGGGCACGAUCACUUCGGUGGGGACUUUGGCUUGGAACCCGUACGUCAGUGCAAAUGGCGUUUCUCCGGUUGCUGUCCUCAGAGUUGUCUUGUACGUCCACAAAACAUAGUUCAGCUGCUCCGGCUAGGUUGAGGAGUAAUCUUCCAGCUUCUUGAUAUCAUCCAUGAUGGUCUGGUUCAUGUUCUCCACUUGGCCGUUCGCCAGCGGAUACGCAACUGAGGCCUUGGAUUGUCGGAUGCCCCAUUUGGCCAAAUAUGCUUCGAACCCCUUGCCGACGAACUGCCUGCCAUUGUCCGUAAUGAUCUGCUCCGGGAUGCCGAAUCGGCAUAAUAUGUUCUGCUAGACGAAGCGCUGACAUUGGAACUCUGCAUUGAAAUAGUCAAUGGCCACAAUAAUAAACUUCUCCCCGCCGGUCAUCCUUGGCAGAGGCCCUAGCAGAUCUAUCCCCUAUCUCGCAAAUGGUAGGGCGACGGUCAUCGGGGUAUAGAAGCUGGCCGACCUUCUUGGCAUGGGUGCGUAUUGGUGGCAUACUACACACCUCUGAGUGUGGUUGAAGCAGUGUCGUUGGAUAGUCGGUCAGUAGUACCCGUGCAGGAUGAUCUUCCUCGCCAACGUUCGGGGUCCCUGGUGACUGGAACAUAUGCCCUCAUGAAUUUCCUCCAUGAUUGCUGCAGCUAGGUCCGGUGGUAGGCACUUGAGGUAUGGUCCGCCGAACGUCUUUUUGUAUAGUUCUCCAUUGAUAACCUCAAAACGUGCCGCUCGUCUUUUUAUCCAUGGGGCCCUUCCAGAGGUUCGUCCGUCUUUAUCAAGGGGAAGAGUUCCAUCCUUAAGAUAAUCGGUUACCUCCCUCACCCCGCUAGGAUCUGCAAAAGAAACAACAUUUACCUGGAUCGUCUCUGUCGCCGAUCAGAGGAGCACUUCCUGUCUGGCGAAGCUCCCGAUGUGUUUGGGGCUGAGCGUCGCCUGAUCCUCGGAUAGAGGGUUGCCUAACUUAGACAGGAUGUCAGCUUCGGCGUUCUCUACCCGUGGCACUAGGUCGAUGAUCACCUGUUCAAACUUCGGCGUUCUCUACCAGUGGCACUACCCGUGGCACUAGCUUCGGCGUCCUCUGCCAGCUCUUUGUAAGCUUUCAUCCGUUCCUCCCGUGUUUCGGCGGUACCGUUCAUAUGCGUGACUACCAACUAGCUAUCCAUCCGUACCUUCAGACGAGCUCCGCCGAGGGCCCUCGCGUACUUCAGACCUGCGAUAAGUGCAUCGUACUCAGCCUCGUUGUUGGUGACCUUGAAUUCAAAUUUCAUAGAGUAGUAAGCCUUGAAACCCUCGGGGGAAGUGACGACUGCACCCCCCCCCCCGCACCCCUUUGCGCUCGCUGCCCCAUCGGUGUACAUCUCCCACGGGUUAUCAAAGUCGUUGCUGCCAUACUUCCCAUUCUCCGUGCGUGCUGUACAAUCGGCAAUGAAAUCUGCUAAUGCCUGCCCCUUGAUCGUCGGCCUUAGCUUAAACUCCACAUUGCAUUGCCCGAUCAUUAAGGAUCACUUCGUAAUUCUUCCAAUUGCCAUUGGAUUCCUAAGUAUAGUGGCCAAUGGCUGAGUGGUGAACACCGUCACCGGGUGUGCCUGGAAGUACGGUGUCAAGCGCUUUAUUGAUGCAAUUAGGGCUACGACUGUCUUCUCCAUCAGCGUGUACCUGGUCUCUGGCCCGUUCAAUGCCUUGCUCACAAAGUAUAUAGGCCGCUGAACGCCAUCUUCCUCUUUCAGCAGGACGGAGCUUACUGCUAGAUCGGCCACUGCCAAAUACAUGUACAGCUACUCCCCGGGAUCCGCUUUGGUAAGGACGAACGGCGAAGAGAGGUACGCCUUGAAAUCCUCGAGAGUUGUCUGACACUCCGGGGUCCAUUCAAACGGACUGGCUUUCUUCAUGAUUUGGAAAAAAGGAUCGUCCGGUCAGCCAAUUUCGACAUAAACCUGCUCAAAGCCGCCAACCGCCCAGUAAGUCUCUGUACAUCCUUCAAAUUCUGGGGCGCUUCCAUAUCCAUAAUAGCUUUCACUUUCUCCGGGUUAGGUUCGAUUCCCCGCUCGCUCAUCAUGUAGCCAAGGAACUCCCCCACCCCCACCCCCCCUACGGCGAAAGCACACUUCUUCGGGUUCAACCUCAUUUCGCCCCCUCCAUGAUGGUGAAAACUCUCUCCAUAUCCUGGACGUGGUUUUCCUUCGUUUUACUCUUGAUCAGGAUAUCAUCCACAUAUGCCUCCAUGAUUUUCCCGAGGACGUCCUUGAAUAAUAUCUCGAUCAUCCUCUGGAAGGUGGCCAUUGUGUUCCUUAAGCCGAAUGACAUGAUCACAUAGCAGUACAUUCCGUCUGAUGUGACAAAUGCAGUUUUUUCAGCAUCGUCCGGAUCCAUGAAGCUGAGCAGCUCGCUACCUACGGUCUCAUCCACCAGAAGAUCGAUCCUCGGCACUGGGUAGAGGUCCAUUGGGCAAGCUUUGUUGAGAUCAGAAUAAUCGAUGCACAUCCGCCAUGUGGGCCCUUUGGGUGCUAGGACGACGUUGGACAACCACUCCACGUGCAUAACAGGCCGAAUGUGGCGUAUGCUGAGCAAGGUGGUGACUUUCACCUUGAUGAAGUCCCUCCGUUCGACCGCCAUGUAUCUUUUCUUCUGCUGCACAGGUCUGGCAUCCGGCCAAACGGCCAACUUGUGGCAGAUGAUCUCGGGAUCAAUUCCCGACAUGUCCUCCGAUCCCAAUGGAUACUUUCCGAUCGGAGGGAUCAUCCAGUUCUACUUCCUCUAGCAAGGUUGCUGGUUCUGGUCAGGAUAUGGCCUCUUCCCGCCGAGCUGUUUCAGCAAUGCUGUUGACCCUCAUAUCCCUCUCCGUCAUUUUCUUUACCGCCUCCUUUUAGCAGGCUCUCGCUGUAUCUGGGUCCAUACGGGCCAUUCUCACCCCGGUCUCCGUGGGGAACUUUAUACAGGAAUGUCGUACGGAGCAGAUGGCCUCAAGAUCGUCCUACCAGGACGUCCCAGAAUAGCGUUGUGGGCGCACUUCAGCCGCACCACCACAAACGUCAUGGGGAUCGUCGCCCGGUGUUCGCCGUCCCCGAUCUGCACUGGAAGGACGAUCGUUCCUUCUGCGUCAAUGUUGUGGCCAGUGAAACCAGCCAAGGGCAUUCGCAGGGGGCUCAGAUCGGCCCUGCUCAGAUGCAUCCUCUCGAAGACGUCCCAGUAUAGGACAUUGACACUGCUUCCCGUAUCAACCAGGACCCGUCAGAUUAUCCACUCCCGGAUAUCCAUGCUGAUCACUAGCUCAUCCCUGUGCGGUUCUGGUGAUUUCGGUAAAUCUGCUGGUCCGAACACAAUAGGCUCGGCUUUGUGCUACUUGGUGGGAGGUGCGGAGAUGGAGUUUAUUCGGAGAGCCCUUUUGAAUUUCUUCCUCUCCGUCGGGGUAUGCCCGGUCUCCGCCCCUCCGAAGAUCAUCUUGAUCUCCAUCUUCUUCUUGGUGCCGACCGGCCAAAGUGAUGCCUCUGGUCGCUUGCCAUUGUGACGGAAGUCCUCGUCCUUGACCCCAGCCUCUCGUCGAUCAUCCCGGCGCCAGCUGUAAGGCCUCCUGUGUUGCUGUGAAGGACCCUGGGACUCUCCUCCCGAAGUGAACUUCCCCAGGUAUCCCCUCUCGAUGAGUUGCUGGAUGGCGUACUUCAGACUUUUGCAGUCAUCCGUACGGUGCCCCGGCUUGCGAUGAUACUCGCAGUAGGCUUCCGUGUCCCGGCCCAUCGUGUGCCCCUUGGUGGGUACCAGUUCCUUGAGUAGCCCCUUGUCCUUGAUAGCCCCAAAAAUCUGGCUGAUGGGGUAGGCCAAUGGAGCAUGCCCAAUAUCCAUGCGAAGAUCGUCUCCCGAGCGUUCCUGUGUGUCCCAAGGACCGUCUUCUUCUUCUUAGGUGUCGGCGAAUCCACUGGCCCGGGACCAAGUCGGUCCGAUACCUUUCGCGUUGCAGGGGUCGCUACCCCGUCCCGCUGUGAGAUCUCUUCCUCGAUCGCAACGAACUUCUGUGCCCGAGCAAGUACCUCAGCGUAGAUGCUCCCGGGGUUUCUUUUUAGAUCCAGAUAGAGGUCCCCGAUCGCUAGUGCGUUGGUGAAGAGGGUGAUGCCGGUGCUCUCCGGAAGGUCCUCAACCUUCAGGGUCUCAUCCCUCCACUUGAUGAGGAAAGCGGAUAGGGAUUCCCCCUUAUUCUGGCGGACGUUCGUCAACCAGCUGAAAUGUUUUUUGGGCGUGGAGCUUGACGCAAACUGCGCCAUGAACUGCCGGGAGAGUUGUUCAAAACUGUCUAUGGAUCCGGGCCUGAGCUGCCCGAACCACUCCUGCGCAGGUCCCCUGAGAGUGCUGAAGAAAAGCCUACAGAUGGCCUCGUCGGAGGCUCCCAGCAUAGAGAGUGUCCAUUGGUAGGAUAGCAGAUGGGCCUUGGGGUCCCCUGCCCCGUCGUAAAUCAGGGUUCUCGGGGGCCGAACGUCCCUCGAGAUGUCUACUGCCAUUACCCUGGCAGAGAACGAGGAUGAGAGUGUGAUCCGGGGCUGCGCCGGUGUAGCCUCCGUACGUCGGUUCAGUUCAUUGAUCUGCCUCUGCAUUUCCAUGAGCACGACAUCCCGCGGAUCGGGCAUAGUGGGCGUGGGGUUCACCACUGCCAAGGUGUUCCCCUUUGGCAUGAUUCCGAAGCCGUGUUGUCCAUGGUAGACUCGGGCCUUCGGCCUCAUGCCAUCCAUCACGGGAGUGUGCUCCCUGGCUGCUCACCCGUUACAGGGCAUUACUGGCGUAGGGUCCUGAACCGUGUGACGCUGUGUUUCUCCGAAAGGCUCGGCUCCUCCGAUGCCCCCAUAUCCGGAGAACGGACAUUCCUGGCGAUCCUGGUAUGGACCGAACGGCGAGAAUGGUUAUUUUCACCAGUACGCUCGUCGAACGACUGCAUGGAACGGAUAGGCGAGAGCGGGAUCCGCUCGGUGUUAGCGGUAUGUACGCGCUCCACCUCUCGUUGGUCCGUCAGUCGACGGAUGGUGUCUGCGAUUUCCCGUAGGGCGUCGGGGUCACGCCGGAGCUCCUGGGGGAUCAGGUCAGUGAGUCCACAAGCUGUUGGACUGUCCCCCGCCGCCUGGUUGCGGCUCCUCCUGCUAUAAGCCAGCCGUGAAGAGAGGUCUUGAGAGUUCCUUGCGUUGUUAGUAGCCAUUUUACUUGUCUCGUGAUUGUUUUGGAGUUUUUCGGUGUAGAGCUUAGUUUGAAAGAACUUUUUGAUCAGUUUCUCACGGACGACGCUAGUGGUGAGGUUUAUUCCCUCAACCCGCAGGCCCAACACGUAACUUGGGGGUUUUGAAUGGGUAAUGGACAAGUAAGGUGAAGAGACAAGCCGGAAAUGGGCCAAACAACUAUGUUUACUGACUCAAACUGUUACAAGCUGAAGGGCCAAACGUACUGUGCUAUGCUACGAACUGCUAUUAAUGUUAUAAUGCUAGAAUACUGGAUCACCAACCCCUUACAAUGAAAUAAAUGCUGCUAUUUAUACUAUUCCAGGGGUAGUUGGGAGCGUUGACGUGGCUGGCUGUCGGCGACAUGAUCCCAACCACCAAAUCUCCAACAUUUAAUGCGCUUCCCGCUAGAAUCUUUGUUUCCCGCCAUUGGGUAGGGACGUUCGUCCCCAAGGGCUUUGGCUGUUGUCUUCUGUUGGGAUCUCGAUUAUUUACCAAUGGGAGAGAGGACGUUCGUCUUCUGUUGAAGCUAUUAUCCCUGACUUAUCCUUGGGCCGCCCUUGGUCCCCUACUAAGAAGUGGGGACGUCCGUCCCCAAGUACUUCGCAGGGACCCAGGGCCUGGAUACCUCCUGGUGAGGGACUAAGUACGUCCCCUGACCCUCGGGCCUUGAUACUGGCUGGUGACGGACUACGUACGUCCCCCUAUCCUUAGUGCUUGACCUUCUUCUUGGGCCUUUAGUAGGACGCUCGUAGGUGAUCCUUAAGGUUUAAUGGGCCGGCCUUUAUUGAGCCAUUAACCCAACAAAUAUAAAAGCUAAGAAUUAAUCUAUGGAAUGGAAUGUCUUUGCUUGAUGAAUUGAGAGCUUUAUAUAGGCUAAAGAAUGGCAUCAUUUAGUCUAUUUGAACCCAACAAUCAGGUAUGGAAGCAAUAUUUGAUUAGCAUUGAGGAAGAUGGAGUUUUCCCAUCAAGAAUCAGCUUGCACGAUGGUGUGUUGUAGCAGAAGAUCAACCCAACCGGCCGGUUAUGGCCUGACCCGCGCCGAUUCUCUGUAGUUUUCGUGAAUUAAUGACCCGAUCGGCGCCGGUUCUCUGAUGACCGGCGCCGGUCAUUGCGCCAAAAAUGCGCUUCCUUUUUCUUCUUAUUUCCGUGUCCGUGAUUGAUCCAGAAGUGCUGAUUUUCGAUCCCUUUUGACUUUUGAUCCCGUAUUUGUCACUUCUAGCCAUAUUCCACACUUUUGCUCACUUUGGAAUAUUUACCUGUUUUCGCUCUAUAUUUUUGUACAGAUAAAUAUAAUUACCUAUGUAAAACAUAAGUAAUUAUUGUGCUUAUCAAAUUCCCCCACACUUGAGCGUUGCUAAUCCUCGAGCAAUGUUGUCACCUUUGGAUGUUUUGGUUAGUUCAACAAAAAUAUAUGUACUACCUGCGUCCCAAAAAACUUUUCCAUUUUCAAAACUUUGACCGACUAUAUCUUUUUAUUGAAAAUUAUUUAUAAUAUAAAAAUUUAAUGAAAAUGUUCUUUGUUAAAAAUACUUUCAUAAAAGUAUAAAAUUUAUAAUUUCCAUAAUAUUAUACUAAUCAAAAUUAAUGUUCAAAUUUUUUCAAAUAGCAAAGUUUUUUGGGACGAAGGUAGUAUAAGAAUAAUUUUGCUUUUGAGAGAGAUAAAAACAUAUAUAGACUCUUUUAUCCAGUGCAAAACUCUUUUUCUAUUACACACAAAAAUAUCUUUAGAUUUAGAAAAAUUACUUAUACUCUUGAAUUGAUGAGUGGGUUGUCACGGGGGCUUUUUGGAUGUGUAGAAUGGUCUUCUUUUGGGAGUUUUGAAUUUUCAGUAUAGAAAUGGAUCAAUUGAAAUUUUUGGAAGAGACCAUGAGCUUCUUUUUUUUAAACUCGUUUGGAAUGGUUCUCAACAAGUAUUUACUGAAAGUCAUUUUGAUAGUCCCAAAUUAUUUGAUGAGAUAUGUGGGUGACUUGUAUUCCAAAAUGGUUUUUUUUGCUUUUGAAUAUUUGAGAUGUAUCUAAACCAUUUUGGAAGAUGAAAGAAGAUGAUGUUUCCUAGUCACAAGGUUUCUUUUUGGGAAUGAUUUUCAAGAGUAAGAAGUAGUGUAAUAAAUCUAACAAAAAAUGAUAUUUUUGUGAGUAAUAAUGAUAAAAAAAACUUUCUCAACCAAAUACCCAUUAAAAAGAGAGAUAUAACAAUUUUUACCUUCCUACAAACAAAAAUAUUUGGCACUAAAAAUUUGUGUAACCACCAUGAGAUGCACCCCCACACUUAAGAUACAUUGUCCCAAUCUAUGAUGUGCAUGAUAAACAAUUACUUCAAUCAACAUCCAUAAUAAAGUGUGUUUAGAGAAGAUUGUAUCACAGAAAAUAGCAACAAAAGAGGUUCAAUAUUG